AAGGCCUUGACUUUAGAUGUCAUUGAAAAAUCCAUUUGACUCCUUUAACUAAAACUCAUUAGUUUAGCCAACAUGUCGGGCUCCAACAGCAUGAUAGUAGAAGGCAGCUGGAUCAGUUGGUUUCUUGGCCUCCAGGGCCACGAGUUUCUGUGCCGUGUGCCGUUGGAUUAUCUAGAGGAUAAGUUCAAUUUGACGGGUCUGGAGACUUUGGUGGGGAACUUCAGCCAAGCCCUUGACUUGAUUUUCGAAACGGAUUUCGACAACGAGGACUGGGGCACCGUGGACACCACCGAUGCGGAGCAGCUCUAUGGCCUGAUCCACGCCCGAUAUAUCCUCACAUCGCGCGGCGUGGAGGAUAUGUGUUUGAAGUACGAGCGAGGUGACUUCGGUUCGUGUCCGAGGGUCUACUGUAAGGGGCAGAAGACCCUGCCCGUCGGCCUGUCCGACCUGAGCUGCCAGAGCCAUGUGAAGGUCUACUGUCCGCGCUGCCACGACAUCUUCCAUCCCCGCACCCGUUGUGCUCUGCUGGAUGGAGCCAUGUUCGGGACCAGUUUCCCGCACAUGUUCUUCAUGCAGCUGCCGAACAUGAGACCCCAGCCACCCAAGGACAAGUACGUGGCCCGUCUCUAUGGCUUUCAGUUGCAUCAGAAGGCCCUCAAUCCACCACAAUCGCCUGAACAAGAGCCCAAGAAUUCAGGAUCCUCGCUUAGCCAGUCUACCUUUGGAGCAUUGGACAAUUCCCAGGCCUCGUGCCCACCUUGGCGACGAUUCAAUGGGAUUUAAUGGAUGUCUAUUUAUUGCAAUUAAACGAAUUUCUUAUUAGUGCGUUGAUAUAGCCAAAUAUUAUACACCUAUAGGUAUACACAUGUACACUCACUAAACAAAUACAGAUCGUUUAAAGCUGGCCAUAUCAACCACUCGAAUAAGUAGCAAACUUAA